AGAUCCCUUUUUGUUUUGGUUUGGAAGUCUCUUUGCAACAGAUCAGUGGAGCAGUAGUCUGAAAGCCACAAAUUGUGGGGUGGCCUGUGGCUUUCUUACAGAGUGGGACAAAUGUCCCUUUCAUUUCAGGACAUCUGAGCAGAUUAGGAGCAUUGUUGCUGAUAGUGGCUGGAUCCACCUUCAUUUUCCCUUUUGGGGGGAUUUUUUUUUCUUUUUUUUUGAAAAAAAUGUUAACAGUGGAAAUAAUCAGCAGAUCAGGGUUUUUUUUUUGAAUGAGUCGGCCAGACAAAGAAGAAAGCAGGCGUUGUUUUGAUCUCAUCUGCACAUUUGGCUUUCAAAAAAAAAAAAUUAAAAUUGAAAAGACACCAAAAACCCUGAACUUUGUACAAAAGGCAGCCUGCGAAUGGACUUGAAGGAGACGGAUGGAGCUGUCUCGAACAGGGGACUGAUUCUGGAAGAGGUGGUAGCAGAGGGCUUGUUAGAUUGUGUGUUUAUUUUAUGUUUUUAAUUUAAAAAUAUGUUUUUAACCCCAGAAGAAUCGCCUUUGGAUCUUUCCCUUCGGAUCUCUACAAAAGGAACCGGCGCAGUGAAGGAAAAGGCAGACAACUUGUAAUUUGGAUUAUAAAUCACGUUGACCCGUGAAGGAUUACCUGGGUGCAAUCUGAGCUUCUUUUUCCUUCCGAGUUUCGCUCACCCUGCAAAGAGAUAUCGGUAACUUGGCGCUCACGGUCGUUGGGUAAAGGGGACCGAUGGCCAAAUGGCUGAAGGAUUAUUUGAGCUUCGGGAGCAGGAGGUCUCCCCCCCAGCCUCCCAAACCCGAUUACACCGAAAGCGAGAUCUUAAAGGCAUACCGAGCACAGAAGAGCUUGGAUUUUGAGGAUCCGUAUGAAGAUGGCAACGGCAAGCCCGACCCGGACCCCGAAGGGUCCCCAAACAAGGGGGCUGCUGUUGGCAUCAAUUUGGAAGGGAAAUAUGGCUCCCCCAAACACAGGCUCAUCAAAGUGGAAGCCUCGGACCUCAGCAGGAGCAAAGCUGUCUUGGCUACUGGGUCUGAGGAAGUGAUAGCCCAGCCAGAUCAGGCUGUUGGAGAGAGCGAGUACUCAGAUCCCUUUGAUGCCCACCGAGAGGCAAAAGAAGAGGCGGAGGAAGAAGUUGGGUUGGAGAAUAAUGGCUACAUGGAGCCGUACGAUGCACAGAAAGUGGUAGCUGAUCUCCAGCACAAAAGCGACCGGGACGAGCAGAAGGUGAAGAAAUCCCGGAUUGCGCUCCAGCUGUAUGACACGCCUUACGAGCAGAAGGAGUCGGAGGUUGACCCGGAGGGCACGUCCGCCGACACGCCCCGCGAGAGCCGGCUGCCCCAGGACGAUGAGCGGCCGGCCGAUGAAUACGACCAGCCGUGGGAGUGGAAGAAGAAUCACAUAUCUCGGGCCUUCGCAGUAGACCCUAUGGAGGCUAAAGUAUUGCCCUGGCCACCGCCGGUAGGACAACUCCCGGGGACAGAGGAAUCCCUAGAUCCAGAAGCACAGUUUGAGAACCCAGAGUGGGGGGAAUGGACGUCUUCGGCCACCUCCUCUUCCGCGCAUAAAGACCGGUGGCGCCAGCCAAAGCACCUGGCGGGGGGUUCCAAGUUUGGCCGGCCGCAGAGCCCCGAGCACAGCCUUCCCGCAGCGGAACACAUCGACCCCUCGCUGCCACUGGAAAAUCAGGCGUGGUUUCAUGGCACAGUCAGCAGAGCUGACGCGGAGUCCCUCCUGACCCUCUGCAAAGAAGGCAGCUACUUGGUACGGAACAGCAAGACCAGCCGCAAUGACUACUCCCUGUCCCUCAGGAGCAGUCAAGGCUUUAUGCAUAUGAAGUUCACCCGGACAAAGGACAAGAAGUAUGUCUUGGGACAAAACAGCGCCCCUUUCGACAGCAUCCCGGAAGUCAUUCAUCACUACACAGCCCAAGAGCUGCCCAUCAAGGGAGCCGAGCACCUCUCCUUGUUGUAUCCGGUUGCCGUUCAGACUCUGUAAUGUGAACGCUGUCUGUGGAAGGGAAGGGGCUUCUUCUUUUUUUUAAUUUGAUCCAAAGAGACUGGCCUGACGAUUGUCUGGAUGGCAGAAGGCGCCUAGCUGCGGGAGCCAACAGACAAUGCCUCCCCGUUCUCGCCUUGGAACGGGCAGCAUGCACUUUUGCUCUCACCUGCUUUUAAGGCAUUAUAACAGUGCCGCUUCAGACAACCUUCCCUCACGGCACCCACGUCCCAUGGCCAUCGCUUUUUGUGGGCGACAUCUCCAGAAGUGGGGGAGGGCUCUCCUGGGGCAGCUGGUCUUCCCCCUAACUUGCCGGGGAACCGGCAAAGCUCCUUGGAUGCUCUAACAGCUCUGGUCUUGCAAAGCUUACCUUGUUUGUCUUGAGUGGCCGAGAGGGACUGAGCUUUCCCCAGGAGGUUAGACAGAAGCAUCUAGUCUGCUCUCCUGUUUUUGAUUUCAAAGAUUCUGCUUUGGGGGAGGGGAGAAAAUGUGCAUUCUGAGACCCCCAUGCAUAUCUUGCCCAAGGGAUGAUGUGCAUCCCAGCAGCUCCUCAUGAAUCCUGCUUAGGUUUGUCUGAAUUUGCCAGAGCAUCCGAGUUCUUCUGCAGUGUUUUGAGUCAAGGUUGCGGGGGAAACCGAGGUCCCAGAGCUUCUGUCCAUUUCCACCCAGGAGUGGGCUCAAACGACGCAAUAGUUCCAUUGUGUAAUUGCCACCCCACCACAAUGCCCUCCCAUCUCAUCUCCCUUUGUAACUUUUGGUAUGGCCAAAUUCUGCGACAUGAUGACACCAUGACACCAGUCUGACAUCAUAUGUAGAAUCAUUGGCCCCAUCUGCACUAUACAUGUAAUGCAGCAUUGUAUCACUUUAAACAGUCAUGGCUUCCCCCCUUUGCCAAAAAUCCUGGGAGCUGUAGUUUGGGAAGGGUGCUGAGAGUCCUUAGGAGACCCCUUUUCCCCCUUACAGAGCGACCAUUCCCAGAGUUUUCUGGGAAAGAGGGGUUGACUGCAAACCACUCCUCCAAACCAAAGCCGUCCAACCAUUUCAUGCAGGACUUGGAAGCAGCCAAUGAAAUGGAGUAGGAAGGGGGAGGACGCUUUCAACGCAAUGAAAUGGAGUAGGAAGGAGAAGGAAACGUUCAACGCAGUGAAAUGGAGUAGGAAGGGGAGGAAGCUUUCAAUGCAAUGAAAUGGAGUAGGAAGGAGAAAGAAGCUUUCAAUGCAAUGGAGUAGGAAGGAGAAGGAAACGUUCAACGCAAUGAAAUGGAGUAGGAAGGAGAAAGAAGCUUUCAAUGCAAUGAAAUGGAGUAGGAAGGAGAAAGAAGCUUUCAAUGCAAUGAAAUGGAGUAGGAAGGAGAAGGAAACGUUCAACGCAAUGAAAUGGAGUAGGAAGGAGAAAGAAGCUUUCAAUGCAAUGAAAUGGAGUAGGAAGGAGAAAGAAGCUUUCAAUGCAAUGAAAUGGAGUAGGAAGGAGAAGGAAACGUUCAAUGCAAUGAAAUGGAGUAGGAAGGAGAAAGAAGCUUUCAAUGCAAUGAAAUGGAGUAGGAAGGAGAAGGAAGCUUUCUGUGCAAUGAAAUGGAGUAGGAAGGAGAAGGAAGCUUUCUGUGCAAUGAAAUGGAGUAGGAAGGAGAAGGAAGCUUUCAACGCAGUGAAAUGGAGUAGGAAGGAGAAGGAAGCUUAAAUGCAAUGAAAUGGAGUAGGAAGGAGAAGGAAGCUUUCAAUGCAAUGAAAUGGAGUAGGAAGGAGAAGGAAGCUUUCUGUGCAAUGAAGGGAUAUGGCAUUUGUUUUCCUAAACCUUUAUGGUGCAGAGGAGAUUUGGGGGCUGCUGAUUUGGAUGUUGGCCAUACAGCCACUAUAAUAUCAAUUUCCAGCCCAAGUCUGAGGCUUCCGGUGUCCUCAACUGGGUAGUUAGCUGUCUCCCUCUCUCCCUUUCCCCAUCUAUUCUUGCCAUCUUUGUCACAUGUUUACUCGGGCGUCUAGUGUGGGGGACUGUUCCCUCUGUUUGUCCUGUGUUCUGGUGCAAUAUU